UAUUAUUGUUUCAACUAACAUUACAUUGUUAUACUAAUAAAACGUUUUUAUUUAAUAAUCUUAUCAAAAACUAUUUGAAGCAUAAACAAUGAGUACUGAAGAAUUAUCGCCCGAUCAAAAGAAAUUUUUAAAGGAAUGCGAUUUAGAAUUUUCCGAACGUUUUACAGACAAUGAUUUGGAAUUCAAGAAAAUAUUAGAUUCUGAUAUACCUGCUCCUCCUAUUAUAUCACCGUGGUAUGAUAGACAAAGAUUUAAUAACCGAGAUCGAGACCGUCCAAGUGGUAGUUACAAUAAUUAUAGGAAUUUCAAUGAAAAUAGUUAUAGAGAUAAUAGAAGAGAUAGAUACAGACCCUACUGAAAUUAAGACGUUUUCAUGAAUUUAACUAGUUAUGUAAAUAAGGUGUAUUAUUAAUCACUUAAAAGUUGUUUGACAUUCUCAUUUUGUGUGAGAUUUUGAUUACUGUUAGAAAAUAAGCUUUGAUUUUUCAAUUGGUACAAGUUUUUGUCUCCACUUGGAAUUUGUAGAAUACAAACGGUGCUUUUAUUUUAUUUUCCCUA